GGCGAUUCAAUUCCUAUGCAACAAGCCUAGCGAGUUAGGCCUUGGGCUGGCUAUCGUGCGAAACUUAUAUCAAGUAUUUUAUAUUUUUGCCAAUUUUGGUGAUUUUUUGUUACAGUUUAUGAUGGAGGGUGAACGGUUAUUGAAAUGUAUGAAAAGUGGAGGCGAUUUUACAAGUCUUAAUGGUGAAAUUAAAGCUUACCUUAGUCCUCUCCACAAUCAGAAAAAAUGCAGUAAGGAGAAUGCUAACAAAUAUGGAUUGUUUUCUCUGAAGCUUCUGCAUGUGUGCGUACAGUGCUGGACUGACUGCGAACCCAAUAAUGGCGUGUUGACAAAUCUUGUCAUGAUAUGUAAAGAAGCCUACAACUCAGUGGUUGUUGCCAAGGCCAUGAUGAAAACAUCUCCGCUAGCUUUGGAAAAGCUUCUCUUCCAUAUUCUCUUGCAGAUUUUGAAGAAAGGCAUGGUGAUAGAUGGCAUGUCAUUUGCAGAAGGCCUGUACUGGCAGAUGCAAGAGUGCCGCCAUGAACACCUUCCAGAAUAUACUGUUGAUAAUGAUUACGACACAGUUGCGAAACAGUCAUAUAAUCAGUUAUGGAAAACUUGCGUUGAGUUGGAACAAUCACAGGCUAAACAGAACUCUGUCAAACACCCUCUUGUCCUAGAGAUCCGACAACUUGCGUUAGCAUUCCUGUCGUUAUCUACCGUUCCAAUGAGUGAUGUGGUUGAACGAACACUGAAAACUGCCACCGAGUUUGAACGGAACAUGGGCCAAAUGGAUCAAAGGCAGAAAUGGAUCAGCUUGGUUAAGUUUUUCAGUGAAUCCAUCCAAACAAUCUCAGCAAAUACAUACUUUCCUAAGGAACCGGAAUUGUUGCAAAAACAGUUCAGUUCUCUGCAUGGUCUAGGAAUACAAACUAUUAAAUGUUGUUUGUUCUUAAAUGAUACAACAAAAGCCAAUCAGACGCUGGAGCUCAUUAGGAUUGAAUUGAAUAAAGCAAAAGUAUUGGAUGAUUACAACUUGGAUGUGUUUCAUUCAAUCCUAGAUCUGCUACGUUGUUUGAUUAUAUUCAGUGGUGUGGUUGCUGAUAGUAAACAUCAUGUAGCGAAGCAUUCACAGACAGCUAAAGAUGUAGAUAAGCUUAAGGAUUUACUGCAGAAUGUUUGUAACACCAUCUCAAAAGCACUUGAGAAGAACAUCUUAAAUGCUCACCUGAUGCAGUGCUUGGUGGAAACUCUGGAGAUGGUGCGCAGACAAAUGAUUGGCAUUGUUUUCAAUGAUUCAAAGGGCAGUCUGAAAUUAUAUAAGGAUGACUUGGCAGAUGUGUUUGUCAAUGUCCUUAUUACAAACACAAACUUACUUGAAUGCCAACGGCAGUCAAUGUGUGAAGGGGGUGCAGAUGGCAAUGCGGGUAAACAGAAACAAGCAAAACAACAGCUACAGAAAAAUAUCAACCGAGAAUUGAGAGUUUUAGAUCUGCUGGCUAAUGUUCUGGUAUUUCAGUUGGAUGACACAAGGUCGGCAUGCAGUGAUGAUAAUCCAGUGUGGCAAGUGGAGGUGGUGGAUAAAGUUGGUAUGGCUUUGCAAAAGAAUGCGGACUUGAUAGAGCAAGUCUCAACUGGUGGAGGUGGAAGUCUACAGACAAAUGAAUAUCGGUGGCUAGGAUGUAACGCUUUUAAUUUGGGUCUUUUGUUUUAUCGCCGGGAAUGGUACAAAGAUGCAAUAAAGCCUCUCAGUCUGGCUUGUGAUCAGCUGUGGAUAUGGUGUACCAAUGGACAAUCUGUUAACACAGACAGUGUUCAAGAGAUCCAGCUUCUCACCAAGUUUGAAUUACUUGCGGACUGCCAGAGAAAAGCGGGCUUCUUGAAGAAGGCUAUGUCAAGCCUGGAGACAUCGAUGGCAUUGAUGUGCACUGCAGAGUCACUGCUGAAGUCUUCAGUAGAAAAGUGGAUCAAAUGUAAGAGAGAUGGUGUGAAGAAUGGCCAGGAUCAUCUACAGACAAGAACUGUUAAAGAUGCUGUUAUUGAGAAGGAGAUUGAUGGUGUUAUUGAUGAUCAGGUGACUGCUCUCUUACAUAUAGAACUUAGCAUUUACAAGGCUCAAAGGUAUAACACAGUUGUUGAACAGUAUGCUGUUGUAUGUGAUCUCUUGGAGAUCUACAACUGUGAGCAGUAUGCACUGAAGCGCUCAACCAUGCUCAUUUAUCUUGCUCAGUUGCUCAGACUUGGAGAUUUUGACACUGGCUUUUCACCCGAGGAUUGUUCUAGGGAGGCAAUUACAUUCCUGGAACAGCUGUUGAAUUUAUCUACAAUUAAGGAAGAUCUUGAUGUUAAGAGCCAAUCGGCUGAGCUUAUUCAGUUAUCAUUUGCAUAUUUCUGGUUAUGUGUGUGUGAAAUGGAAUCAUCUAUAGCCCAGGUACAGGAAUCUUUUAAACAGAAAGAGGUCAUAACUGACAAGAGUAAAGGAAACCCCCAGAUUGACGAGACUAGCCAUGAGAAUGAAGAGGAAAAACAAUCUUAUUCCAGCUCAUUGGUACCACCAACAAGCAACUUGGGGCUGGAGAGCAGCCUGAUGGAACCUCUUAACAAAGCUCUUGACAUCUGGAGACAGCUGGUGAACUUUGGCACUCUGAGUUCUGAUUCUAAUCAGGAAUUGUACCAGUGUAUGCAGAUGGCAGCAGCAAUCUACCACUUGGCAGAUAGGCCACUGCAACAAGUAGUUACACUACUUUUAGCCAGCACCAUUAGCACAGGGAAGGACUACAGCCAGAGCUUGAGUCAAGUUGCCAGUAUUCUAUCAAAGCUUGGAGAUGGACGGACAGCAAUGACCAUAGCCCAGUGCAUUGGCAAGAUUUCUGAUGACCCAGAGACUGACCACUCAGUGGCGUUAGCAUAUCACUUGUUGGCACAUUGCCAAACACUGUUUAUCUCAGGAAAGAUCAGUGAAGCUGUAGAAAAACUAGUAAAACUCAAUGAGAUGGAGCUUAUGGAGAAACGAAACAAGCAAGGGUACAUGACCAAGGCCCAAGUGGUGGACCUACUUGCUGGGCUUAUGAAUUUACCAAUAGACAUGACUGAGGGUACAUGCCUGCAAGACCUCUGCCCAGACUUACCGACACCUCUUGAUCUACAUCAUGAUGCUUUGAGGUUUAGGAUGGGUAUUGCAAGGUUUGUCUUUGGUGAUGGGAUCUAUAGCAGUGAUCAAAAUUGUCAGAUGGACUUGACCAAUUCAGAAACCGAAAAAGAUGAUCAUGGUAUCUGCAAAUGGUCGAUUAUUGCAUCUGUUCUGGAAUCGCUUCUUAGUGUUGGUCGCCAGUACAUGGAGCAAGGGUGUGUCCGUGAGGCACGGUGCUAUCUUUUUGAAGGCCUGACUUUAGCGCAAAAGUUCAUGGUGCCAAGAAGGUGUGCAGAACUGAUGUUGGAGCUGGCAAGGGUUGAGCUACUAGCUGGUGAAAUUUCCAAAGCAAGAUCUCAUUUGGAGAGAUCAAAAGCCUUCCUCAGCAUGGAAGAGAACAGUCUCAUGUCACAGCAACGAAGUGACAACAUGGCUGUCAAAGCAGUAAAGAAAAGCCCAUCAGCUUCAAAUAUGUUUGGCUUUGAUGCAUCCGAUGAUGAGGACAACUUCAUACAGAGCAGGAAAUUUUCAUUAACUACUGAACAGAUGACAGUUGGCUGUGCAGAUAUGGAGUCAUCACCAAGUCUGAAAGUGUGUCAGUGUAGUUUACCAGAAUAUAGCAAGCAUCCAGACAAUUGUCAUUGUUCAGCUUGUAUGGAUAUAAUACUGCAGAAGCUGGACAUGGAGCUUUUGAUAUUAAAAGCGCAAGUCUGUGGUCAUGAAGGCGAUUUAGUAGAACAGGAGAACGUCUUAAGGUCUGUCAGACAGUUUCACAGUGAUGUCAACCCUAAGAGUUCAAUGGAGUUCCAGUCAGUGUGUAUGUUGGGAGAGAGAUUAAUACAAAGAUCAUGUGGAAAACAUCAGCGGAUUUGCAAACGCAAGGUGUCAGAAAGUAUAUAUCAAGGACUAAACUCACCACUUCUGGAUCUAUAUUCUGAAAUGUUUUCUUGUUUAGUUAACCAGGAAAGAUUUUCUCUGGCAGCAGACUACUAUGACAGAGGUCUUGAACUGUCUCAGACUGUUGACUUUGUUCUCAGCAGAGAUCUUUAUGCAUUAUGUAAGCUGCAUUUUACAAAUGCAGUGUGCAAUCUUCACCAAAGUGCAAUCGAAAAUGGAUGUCGACCAGUUGACAUUCUGAGUCAUUGCUGGAAUGUCAAAAAUUCCAGACCAAAGACAGAAAAUAACACCAGUGACAUCUUAACAAAUCAAUUUGAGGAGUUAAGCAUUUGUGCCAGUUCUGCAAGUGCAGAAAGUCCAGAAUCUAAACCUAAAAGACAAAAUUGGGUCCAGCUUGUCUCAACUGAUGUUCGACCAGAAAUGGUAAGACAUAGCAAGAAGUCUGUGAGAACUGAUCCUACCAAAACUUUGAAUGAUGUAGGGGAUCUAGGGAUAUUUUGUGACAUACAAGAUGCACUUCAAGAUGAAAAUGCAAAAAUUAAUUCUAAAAUUGCUUUGAGUACUGUCAAGAAAUGCACAGCAACAACUAAGAAAGGAUCAGUGAUGUACAGUGUAAAGAAAGGUAGAGGAGAAAAGAGUUCUGUGGUAGAAAAGAUUAAAAAUGAUGAUGUUUUUAGUUUUGUAACUGAUGAUGAAGAUUGUGCCAUAGAUCGACAAAAGCCCAAGACGUCCAGGAAAAGCAGACUAAAGGGGAAAGCACCAAAGAAUCCCAAAUAUGUUAUAUUCUGUGAUAAUACUGAAUUUCCUAGUGAAGAUUCAAAAGAUACAAAAACAAAGCCAAGCAGAGGAAAGAGAGCUAAGUCUUUAAAGAAAUCCAAGGAAUCCGAGUUGAUCUUGGAACCACCUGCUAAUCAAAAAGAAGAACCUGUUACCAUUAGAGGUAAUGCAUCACCCAAAACUAAGAAUGACCUCUUGUAUGCUAUUUUUUGUGAGGAUACAGAAGAAGAGGAAGAAAAGCUAACAGAAAAGAGAGCAGUCAGAGGAAGAAAACCAAAGGCUAAGAAAGAGGUACAAGAUGGUGAAGAAAAACAACCAGUGCAAAGAAAAACUCGUGGAAGACAAAAGAUCUUAUCUGAUGAGGGUAACAAAGAAAAACCUAAACCAGGAGGGAGGAGGAAAAAGGAGCAAGCUGUUGAAACGAUAGUGGCAAAUCCAAAUGAUCUGGGUAAAUCCGCCAAGAGAAGAGGACGGAAGCCAAAGGCAGAAACGUCUGUGGAAGCAAUGCGAGAUAACAAUACGUCUUCGGAAGAUGAAGAUGAUGUCUUCCAACUUAGUGCAAUCUCAGAGCUCUCAUUCCACGAAGAACAUGUUCAAAUUUCUCCAUUAACCACUGACUCAUUAGUAAAUGGCAGUCAUGUAUUUGGUGAAGUCAUUCCAUCCAGAAGACAUAGCAGUACAAACUCUGAUUUUGGUUUCAGCAUAUCUGGUAUGGAUACACUAAACUUAGAUGAUGAAAUUGAUGACAUUGAAGUUCCUAGAUUUGGUAGUGAAUCUGAAGGAGAUGAUGAGCACACAAGAUGCAUAAGGAAAAUAAGAAUACCAAAGAAUGAAGAGACACAAAAGACACAGAUUUCUAACCAGUCCUUCCUGGAUAAUGAAGAUACGAUUAAUAUAAAGAAAUCAGUUACCUCUGUACAAGAUAAACUCUACCAGGCCUACAACUUGAUCAAACACAAGGCUCCUAGCCCGAUAUACAAUCAAAUAUGUCAUUUGUUGGCCAUGUGUCAUGGGGAUGGUGAGCCUCAGCAGGCUGCGUUUUACCUAAACAAGGCCAUGGCAAACACCUUAAAACAUCAGAAGCUCUUAAGCCUAGGAAAGAAACACAGAAAAUUAAAGAAGGAACUUGAAUCAAAAGAUCUGAACAACGAGGUAGGGGAUGACCACUCCAAGCUCAGAUCUGAGUUGAAAAGCUUAAUGGAUGCUAAGAAAAUCUUCCAACCUAAACUAAAAGAAAGCAGUGUUUCAGAAAUAAGCAAACAUCUUCCCGAUGGAUGGACUGUAGUUACAAUGGCUGCCAUAUCCAUUAGUGUGGAUGACACAAAAUCAAACCUUAACGACGUUGAUUGUUUACUCAUAUCAAGACUUGUCAAUGACUGCAAGCCAAUGGUUCUCAGAAUUCCAGUCCAUAGUGAUAGUGAUGGAAACAUGCUGAGUGGAAUUGUUGAGGAAUUCCAGGCAAUUAUUUCAGAUAAUAAAGAAAGUGCUAAGGAAGUGAAUAAGAAGGCUUGGUGGACACGUCGACAAGGCUUGGAUCAACGUAUGAAGAAUCUGGUGGCAGAUAUUGAGGAUAAGCUGUUAAAUUGUUGGAAAGGGGUUGUCACUGGCCAACCUAAGAAUGCAAAUACUGCCUCAAGACUUCUAGAUGCUGCUGAGAACCUUCAUAAAAGAAUCUGCUUGAAAAGUCAACUGGAAGUCAGCUUGCAGGCUUGUCAGAUAUUGCUAGCCUCUACAUCCAGACUAAGCUUUCAACAGCUGACGUCCAUGCUAUCUAGUAUCACAGGCUUCCAGCGAGGAUCUGAUGACCUGCUCAAUAGUUUGGAGCUGGUCAGGAGUCUAUCAAGGAAAUUAGAAAAAGAACUGUCUGAUGCGACUCACCAGCCUGUAAUUCUUAUACUUGAUAAACAUCUCCAACAAUUACCAUGGGAGAACAUAUCAACAGCAAUAUCACAUCCAGUCUGCCGUGUUCCCAGCUUGGACUUCCUAGCAUGCCAUCUCCAAGACAUAAGGCAACCAUCGAGUUUACUGAACCGAGGCGUCGAUGUCACAAACACUUACUAUGUGUUGAACCCCAGCAACGAUUUGGCUAACACGCAGCUUACAUUCCAGAAUUGGUUUGAGAAGGAGCUUUGUUGGAAGGGUGUGGUUGCCUGUGCCCCCAACAAGCAGGAGUAUACGUCAGCGCUGACUGAUCAUGACUUGUUUGUAUACUGUGGCCAUGGCAAUGGGAGACAGUUCUUGAACAGUGAUGAUAUUCAAAGGAUCAAGUGCAGAGCCCUCACACUACUGAUGGGUUGCAGCAGUGGUAGACUCCAAUACAACGGUUCAUUGGAAACAUCAGGAAUGGCUCUCAAUUACUUACUAGCUGGUUGUCCCUGCGUAGUUGCCAACUUAUGGGAUGUAACUGACCGCGACAUCGACCGAUUCUUGGAAACUUUACUCAAGUCCUGGCUAGCAAGAAGCAACGACAGUUCUUACAUUACCGAUUACAUAUAUGAGGCGAGGAAGGCUUGCAAAAUGAGUGCACUCAUAGGCUUCUCUCCUGUUACAUAUGGCAUACCUGUCCAUCUAAAAUGAAUGCACUCAAAUGCUUUUCCACUAUCCAAAUUUGUUCAUCUUAAAGUAGAUACCGCCUUCUAGAAUAGUCUUUACUACUUUACAAUCUGCAACCAACAAGUAUAAUUCAGUUUCAUUAAAACAAACCAAAUCUUGCUUGAUUCUUUGCUGUUUGAAUUUUUCAACAUAAGUGCUAAUUAUUUAUACAUUUCGAAAAAAUAUUGAUGAAGUAGACUUGUAAAUAUAAGUGCAUUUUUGGGAGUAUUUUGUGUCCGAGAACUAUUGGUUAAGAAUGGUAUGUCAAAAAAAUGUUAGUAUUAUUCAUGCCCGUAUGUUGCUUAAUGUCAUUCAGGUGAAUCAUAUAUUUUUAUUAUUGUGAUAAAGUGUACAUGUUUGUGUUAUGAGUUGUGAAUAAAAGAAGAAUUACUUUACAAUUAAAAU